AAAUUUAGAUUUUGCAAACUUGUGCAUUGAUGAGAGUCCUAUUGAAACACAUUGUUAAGAAAGAUUUUCAACACACAAAUGUGUCAUUUCCUUUCUUCAUGUACCAGAUGCUGAAAUACUAUGUGAUAAAGAUUUUAGGUUUCAUUUGUAAAGAGAGGGAAGUGGAUAAAUCAGUGCUGCUGUCUUCAGGACAAACGAAGUAUGGACCAGUGGGAUAGAUUUCCUGACCAACAGGAGGACACUGAUAACUAUUCAGAAUCUGUGAAGUUUGAUGCUCGCUCCAUGACAGCUUUGCUCCCUCCGAAUCCUAAAAAUGGCCCUGCCCUUCAAGAGAAACUGAAGUCCUUCAAAACUGCACUGAUUGCCCUCUAUCUCCUUGUGUUUGUAGUUCUCAUACCUAUCAUCGGAAUGGUGGCAGCUCAGCUCCUGAAGUGGGAGAUGAAGAAUUGCACAGUCGAUUCAACUAACGCAAAUGCUGUAUUUCAAAGUCUCACUGGAAAAGGAAAUGACAGUGAAGAUGAAAUGAGAUUUCAAGAAGUUGUUAUGGAACACAUGAGCAACAUGGAGAAGAGAAUCCAAUAUAUUUCAGACACAAAAGCUGAUUUCAUAGAUUCAGAGCAUUUCCAAAAUUUCAGUGUGAUGACUGAUGAAAGAUUUAAUGAUGUUCUUCUCCAGCUAAGUACCUUAGUUUCCUCAGUCCAGGAACAUGGAAAUGCAAUCGAUGAAAUCUCCAAGUCAUUAAUAAGUCUGAAUACCACAUUGCUUGAUUUGCAGCUCAAUAUUGAAACAGUGAAAGGCAAAGUCCAAGAGGAUACACUUAAACACCAAGAGGAGAUGAGUAUAUUAGAGGAACGUGUGUACAAUGCAUCAGCAGAAAUUGUGUCUGUGAAAGAAAAAUACGUGCAUUUGGAACAGGAAAUAAAAAGAGAAGUGAAAGUAUUGAAUAACAUCACUAAUGAUCUCAGACUGAAAGAUUGGGAACAUUCUCAGACAUUGAAAAAUAUCACUUUAAUUCAAGGUCCUCCUGGACCCCCAGGUGAAAAAGGAGAUAGAGGUCUCAUUGGAGAAAGUGGUCCCCAAGGAGUUCCAGGUCCAAUAGGUCCUCCAGGUCCUAAAGGUGAUCGGGGAGCAAUUGGCUUUCCCGGAAGUCGAGGAUACCCAGGAUCGACGGGGAAGAGCGGGAGGCCAGGAAAUCCUGGACAAAAGGGCCAGAAGGGGGAAAAAGGCAGUGGAAACACGCUAACUCCAUCUAACACAGUUCGACUGGUUGGUGGUAGCGGCCCUCAGGAGGGCCGAGUAGAGAUUUUUCAUGAUGGCCAGUGGGGUACAAUUUGUGACGAUCGCUGGGAACUGCGCGUUGGACAGGUCAUCUGUAGGAGUUUGGGAUACCAAAGUGUUCGAAAUGUGUAUAAGGGAGCUUAUUUUGGACAAGGUACUGGUCCAAUAUGGCUGAAUGAAGUAUUUUGUUUUGGGAGAGAAUCAUCUAUCGAACAGUGUAAAAUUAGACAAUGGGGUGUGAGAGUCUGUUCACAUGCUGAAGAUGCUGGAGUGGCUUGCAUUGUAUAACGAACAUAUCAUAUUUUCAUUCACAUUUAUGAAAUCGUUGCAAAAUGAUUUUUAUGACUUUGCUCCAUUAAAAUCAGUUUAAUGAGUAUUGUCUAAGGAAAAGGAAUAUUUAAAAAUCACUGGAUAAACAUAUUGAAUACUUACUAUAUGUCUGUAUUUGAACCAUUUUAACUUCUCUAGGUUUUUAAAUGGAAUUUUCUAACAUAAUAACUUAUAUAUUGAAAUGAAAAUGUUGAAGUUUAAGACUUCUGGAUUACAAAAGCCAAUGAUCAUGGAAAGACAUUUCGAUCAUUGACUCCAAUUAAUAUCUUCACCACAAGAUUACAAUUUUUGUCAUUUUUGUCUUCUUUGUAAUCUAUUUGGUUGAUUUUACAUGCCUAGAGUAAUUUUAGGUUAGGGAGAAAAAAAAGACUGAAAUACC